GCGCCGACCGCGCGCACCACCUCCCGGAUUCAAAUGUACCGGCUCAUUUACUACUCCCGCGCUAUAUUUAACCGCUGCGACCAGAUUAAUAUCUGCAUGUUCUGUCACAAAAAUAAGUGAUCCGUCUCCCGAAAGUUGUGAUGUGAAAAUUGAUCUACGACAAGUGUGUUGCCUUCAGUGUCAGAUAUAAAUAUGUUUACUGGAUAAACAAAUACGCGUACAAGAUCUGUAGUUCACUGCAGCGCAGGAAGUACAUGUAACAAUUGUGGUGAACAUCAGACCUCCGAUAUGAAUCCACCGUCAGCGCUACACGGCGCGAUGAGCCGCGACCGCAAGCCAUUCACGUACACCCCGGGCGGGCUCGAUCUCUCGGAGAUCAAGUCCGAGCGGAUGGCGAAACGGCUAAUGAGGAAUGCUAUGAAUCAAGGCGUCCCCGAAGUGCCACUACAAUCAGUUCAUUCACAAUCGAAUCCAUCUGCUCCAGUUGCUUUACCGAACUUUAAUUGUUUGCCAGUUCAAGUGUUUCCAACGUUUAAUUUACCUGCAAAUCCAAAGUCAUUACUUAGAACUAGGAGUCACCCUGACCAAAGAGAGGCUCCAGUACAAAGAGUUGCGCCUCCGUUUGUAAAUAAAGUGGAAAGUAGUGAACCAUUUAAUAACAAUAAUAAAUAUACGCCAACGUACCCGCAGGUAAACAAUAACAGACCUGCGUCUAUGUACGAGUACAACUCGCCGCCGCCGCCUGUGAGCACUUAUACCUCACCGAGAGUGAGUUACGGCAGUGAUGGGUACACAGCACCACUGCUGCCAGAAAUCAGUUAUGAUGCAGAGUAUUUACGCGCUCCAUCGAAGGUUUCUAGUGCAACUGAACAGCUACCCGAGCUGAAAAUAAGUGAAGACAAAGACAUACUUCCUAAAACUGAAAGUGUUGACACAAGUUUAGAUUUAACUAUAGAACCGUUAACCGAAGUGACCAUUCCACCUAUAUUGGCAUCACCCGUUACAAAGCCUCUUGAAGACAAUGCGGGAACUGAAAAUGAACAGAGAGAAGUCAAAGUGGUAAAGAAACAAGUUAAGAAAGAAAACAAAGUAGAAGAGCAAAAUGGAAACCAGAACGGAGACGAAGCAAGUGUAGAGGCUGAAAUGACUGUGAAAUUACCGACCAAGAAAUCUGCAGCUAAAACCGAGACCAAAGUAGAAGUAGUUAAGAAAAUUCUGCCCGAUGGCUCAGUUGAAGAAGUUAAAACAACAACAACAAGAACAACAAUCGAUGGAAGGACGGAAAUAAAAACAAAGACAGAAACUACAAUUAUUCCGAAGGAACCAGAUUCUGAAGAGGAAGUUGUGGAAGAGGAGGAAGAGGAACAAGCUGAGGUAGAAGAGGUUCAGGAAGAGGUUGAGAAACCUGAAACUACGACAGUGACAGCAACAGUUGCUGCACCGAAAGAAAAUGGCCAGGAAAGCAAAGUUGUAAAAACGGAAGAAAGGUCUGAAUCAACAACAACCACUACUAAGAAAGUAGUAGUGGUCCAAGAUUCUCCAAAAGAAGAACAGUCUAUAGAAGUGGAAGAGCAAGAAGAACAAGAAGAAGAAGUUGAGGAAGAAGAAGUUGAAGAAGCGGAGCCGGUGACCGUAGUUUUGAAAAAACAGGCAACACCUGAACCUGAACCUGAGCCCGCAUCGAAUGUUGUUGAAUCUAAGCAAGUUGAAGAACAAGAAGAAGAAGAGGAAGUGGAGGAGGAGGUAGAAGAGGAAAUCGAAGAGAAACCUCAAGCAGAAGCAGAAAAAGCUAAAGUUGAAACAGAAGAGGAAGAAGUAGAAGAAGAAGAAGUAGUAGAGGUGAAAAAAGAUGCAGUUGAAAAAGCUCCUCCUAAAGAAGAAGAAGAAGAGGAAGAAGAAGUAGAAGAAGAGGAAGAAUAUGAGGAGGCUGAAGAAAAAGAGGAGACCAAAGUAGAAGUUAAACAAGAGACUGAAGUUAAGGAGACCAAAGAUAAUGAGGAGAAAGAAGAAGCCUCAGAGGAACCUGCUGAAGAGCCAAAGGAAUCACCAAAAGAACCCGAAGAGAAGGUUAUUAAAGUAGAAAUUGCCCAACCCGAGGAACCAAAACCGCAACCUAAAGAAGAAAAACCAGAAUCAGCACCUCAAGCAGAAUACAAGAUACCUAUUAGAGAACCCUCCAUCCCUCUAGAAAAAGUUGAAGAUGUUGAGAUAAAGCCAAUAGGAAGUUCACCAAUUAUAUCUAAAACACACACAGAGAACACUGAAAUUAUUAGAAGCACAAUAGACCCUAAGAGUGGUCUGAGUACUCAAACGGAGUACAACAAAAUCGAAAAUAUUGUUACAGUGAACCGCACCACCAAAAUUUUAGAUCAUAAUUAUGAGAAUUUGACUCAGCAAGGUAUCCCCACUGUCAAGACAUAUUUCCCACCUCCUAGUUUAGAUAGAAUUUCUACUUCGCCUCUACCCUCGAGACCUUACCAACCUUCAUAUCAGCCAGAACCUACCACUGAAAGACGUCACAGUCUUCUCUUAGAGAGAUUGAGCAUGGAACGUCAAAUGCCCUCAGAUAUUUACCAAUAUGGUAACCAGCCCCAAGAGCAGCCGCAAUAUCAAGAUGAACCCAGGGCAGAGGUCCUCACUGUUAGUAAUGUGAAACCCAGCUCCAUUGCCAGCGACCAGCAGUGGUACAAACAGACGAACCAACAGAAUCUCAUUUAUAAUAAUGUGUUGUCUACUCCUACACCCGCUAGUCAGCCUUGGGCUCAACCAAAGUCCCAACCUCAAGCACAGCAGCAAUACCAGCCACAGCCUCAGUACCAACCUCAACAGCAAUACCAGCCCCCACCACCCCAGCCCCAAUACCAGCCUUCCCCCACUCCCCAGCCUCAAUAUCAAUCUCCACUUACUCCUCAACCCCAAUACCAACCAUCACAUACUCCCCAGCCUCAGUACCAACACUCUUACUCAGAACCCGCUCCCGAAAGGGCGCCAACAAGUUACUCCACAUACACACCUACACCUAAAUGGGCAUCUAACACUGAACAAAACACUUCACAAUCCACUCAAUACUCUUACCUAAGCAAAGACACAUCAGACAGCUACAAUAAAACUCCACAGCAAUACUCCUCAGGAUAUGUCCCGCCCCCAUGGGAGCAGGACAGCAGUUACACAUCUGUCAACAACACUUCUACAGUUUACUACCAACCAGCACCACAACCCCAAACUCAAUCGUACACUCCCGCUCCCACUUCAGGCUGGAAACCUCCCUCUUCCAAAUUCUCCAAAAAUCCCCCAAUCGCCUACAUACCGCCGGCUCCCAACCAAUCAUUUGUUAGGUCUGCUUCUGUCUCAGAACCUCCAAGAACACCAGGACGCAAGACUUACUACAGCGAGUAUGAGAGGCGGUACAUCACUGUACCGGAGUCGACUUACAUCCCGACGGAGACGAAGUAUCAACCACAGCCCGACCCAUCCCCCCAGUACUACUACGAUAACAACGAACCUUCAGAGGAGGUUGAGCCUCAAUGGCGUAGGGAGCUUAGGGAGUUCACUGAGAAGACUUCUCAGACCACUACAACAACUGAACAAACCACCGUUCAGCCCCCAUGGGAAACAGAUGCUAAGUAUGCGAAGAAUCCGUCCGUACAGUAUACUCCGACCCCGACCUGGAGCCAGACUUUGCGACCGCGUUCUUGGCGCGAAAGGAGUUUCGAAUCAGAGUACGUAUCGCAAGAAUGGCCGAAGACCAACACUUUAGGUAGGGGCAGGCCUUUGAGUACUAUUGGCAAGAGCUUGGACUCGCCGAUUCCUGAGAGGAGCCGAGGUGUGUCGGUGGACCGGUACAACCCCAGCAGCUACCACUCGCCGGCAGAGCACCCGCCCGUGCAGGCGCACACGCUGACCACGCCGGUCGCCGGCUACCACAACCCCAACGUGCCCGCGUAUCAUGCCCGUGCCUCUGCUGAACCAAGAGAGCAACCGACAUCUUACCAUCCGCGCGCGCAUAGGGAAGCCCGAGCCAGCCCCCUCCAGUCCCGAUCCUUCAAGUACCUGCAAUGGAUCACUGGCACAGAAAACUGAAAUAAUUAGGACUAACUUUAAUUUUAAGCCUCCUUAUAAAUAUUAAUUUUAUCAAAAGGUUUAUACAUCGUUUGUAAGAAAUGUUCUAUUUAUGUAAAUUGAGGAAUGUGAUUAUGACAGCAGUAGGUAGGCUAAAGUCCUUCUAGAUAAUCCUAAAAUUCUUUAGACCGAAUUCAUAGCGAUUAUUGAUGAAGCGAAGGUAUUAAUUGUCGUGUAUAGGUCGAAACGAAUCGAUUGAGAGGUGCUGUAAAUUGUAAGUUAGGAUCUUUAAAAUCUGUCUUCUCUGUAAUUAAUUUUCACUUUCAUAUAAUGUAAAUACUGUUUGCCACGGGCCUUGUUAUACGUACUAAAUGCAUGUUUUCAACUAUUUAUCUUUGUCGUCUCAUUUGUAUCUCUUGUAUUGAGGGACUGCGCGAUAUUUUUAUGUGAUAGAUCUUUUAUAUUAUUGAUUUUUUCUAACCUAGUCAACGGAGACAUGAAUGUCGCUAGUCUUAGCUCUAUAACUUAAAACAACACCCAUGCAUUUCUGCUUUACUUUGUACUAAUUAAGUACUUCAAAAUUAAGUAUAAUAUUACAAUUAGCAUUUAUUUAUAUUGUUCGAAAAUUAAAAUUGUUUUGCUAACUAAAAAUUGUAAUUUAUUUGCAAUUCGAAAUUAAGUUUCUAAUUUUAAACUGAGCAGUAAUGUUCGUUGUUUGAAGUAAAAACUUAUUUAGGGUUGAUUGAAAAUUAGAAUUUUAAAUUGAGCGAAAUUAUUUUUUGUUUUCGUUAAACAAUAUUAGUAAGCGAAAUUAAAUUAAUUGUAAUAGUAGUGUGUACACAUGAUACAUUGCGUCUUUUGAUAAAAAAGAACGUUUUAUGUACAUUAGUUGGUGCACGUGUUGCUUUGUUAAUGUACUUAGCCUAAAUAUUACGUUAUCUAUUUAAUUAAAGCUAAAAAUAACCGCAUUAUACAAUCAGAAGUGUGUUUAAUAAAGUUUCUUGUCUCUUCCAUAACAAAUAAAAUAGAUGCAUGGUCCUUAAGUUGUAACAAUAAUAAUAUUGUUUCAUUUUAUGUUAUUUGUGAAAUCAUUGUUGAGUUUUAUUUAAUAAAAUAUUCAAGUUUA